AUGGUCAGAGGCUCAAAAAUUGUAAAAGAAUUAAAAUAUCUUGGUGUUACCUUUGAUGAAAAACUUACGUGGAUUCCUCAUGUUCUCUCUAUUAAAAAGCGUACCCUGGCCAUCGCCAAACAACUAAGACAAUUUUAUGGAUACAAGUGGGGUUUGAACCACCACAUUCAAAAGAUCUUAUACACAACGGUUGUAGAAAAGUUAGUAACUUAUGCAGCAGCAAUUUGGGCUCUCCCUAUGCAGAGGAGAAAAAUCAAGCAUCUCUCUACUAUUCAGCGCCCUUUUGCCUUAGGAAUAACUCGGGCAUAUAUUACUACUUCCACUGAUGCAAUAAAUGUCUUGGCUGGUUUGCUCCCACUGCAUAUUAGAACUGAGGAGGAGGAAGCAGCACGACAAAUGUUAAUACAGCUACACAAGCCAAUAGCAUUUGCUGAAGAAAAUUUUACUUCGGAGGAAUAUGAAACCAAACUAACAUCUGACAGCAUUCACCCUGCGGAUUAUGGUGUUGGCAUUAGACUACAUGUCCCGCCUACAGAAUACCGUAGCCCCUCGAGUAUAGUAAUUUAUACGGAUGGAUCUAAAAUUGAAGGAAAUGUGGGGAGCGCAUUUGCUGUCUUACAAAAAAAUAGUGUCAUUGCACAAUGGAAGGGCCAUUUGGCUAACAAUAACAGUGUCUUUGAAGGGGAAGCAGUAGCAAUAGCGCAAGCUAUUCGCUACUUGCUAACCCACCAAAUCCUAAAGGCUACAAGACCUUAG